CUCUUCUGAGAAGAGACAUUUGCACUUUCGGUUCCUGCUCCUCCGUACCACAAUGGCGUCUGCUGAUCUGAGGGCCGAGCUGGACUGCUCCAUCUGCCUGAGCCUCUAUACAGACCCCGUGUCCCUGAGAUGUGGACACAACUUCUGCCGCUCGUGUAUUGUGAGUGCGCUGGAUGCGCAGGAGGCAGCUGGAGUGUAUUCCUGUCCUGACUGCAGAGCAGAAUAUCCGGAGCGUCCGGCCCUGGAGAAGAACAGGAAGCUGGGGAACAUAGUGGAGCGUUUCUUAUCUGCUCGGCCUGAUAUGGAGGAGACCGGGAUCUUCUGUACUUACUGUACUAAGUCUCCUGUACCGGCUGUGAGGACAUGUCUGCACUGUGAGACCUCCUUGUGCCAUAAACAUCUCGGAGCCCAUAACAAGUCAGUAAAUCACAGUCUGAUUGAACCUACUGUGUCGUUUCUGCACAGAAAAUGCUCCACACACAAUGAGAUCCUGAAAUACUAUUGUCCGAUGGACGCCGCCUGUAUCUGUGUGUCCUGCUGGGUGGCCGGAGACCACAAAGGACAUGAUGUGGAGCUACUGGAUGUGGCAUCUGAGAAGGAGAAGGAGAAACUGAGACCUCUCAUUGAGAAACUGAAGUCUGAAAGAGAAGAGGCUGGAAGAAGAGUCCAGAGACUAAAGGAUCAUAAGACAGAACAGAGAGAGAAAUCGACCAGACUUGCUGAGAAGGUCACCGGUCUGUUCACUGAUAUCAGGGAGAAGCUGGAGGAUCUAGAAAAGAGAAUCCAGGGUGAGAUUUCCAGACAGAAGGAGCAGGUGUCACUCUCAGUCUCUGAUCUGGUCAGACAGGCGGAGCUACAGAAAGAUGAGCUGACCAAGAAGAUUAAUCAAUUUGAGGGACUAUGUAUAAUCACAGAUCCAUUGAUUUUGCUACAAGAAGAUUUAAAGACUUGUGACAUCAGUGAUAGGAGUGGUGAUGUCAUCAGUGAUGUAAGGGACGCUCAGUGCCUGGAUGAAGGCUUAGUCUCACAGAUAUUACACAGAGGACUGUUAAGCUUUGCAGAUAAUCUGAUUGAUCUGAAGAUGAAGAGACAGUUCCCAGUGAUGGAGAAAUCCGACGUACUGCUGGAUAUAGACACGGCUCAUAAUGACAUUAUUAUAUCUCAGGAUCUCAGAUCUGCUUCUCAUACCUCUACACCACAGAACAGACCCGAUGGGCCCAAGAGGUUCGAAUCUGUUCAGGUGUUAAGUUCCCGCAGCUUCUCCUCUGGGAGACAUUACUGGGAGGUGGAUGUGAGUCGGGCAGAGAAAUGGAUCAUUGGAGUGGCCAAGGAAAGUCUGGAGAGGAAGGUGGCUGGAAACGAAUCGUUUAUUGGUUAUAAUGAGAAAUCCUGGGGUUUGAUGUUAAUUAAUAGUUUUGGUGUGGGUCAUAACAAUACCUAUAAGCCACUGGUGUCAGAUUCUCCUGUGAAGGUUGUCGGGAUCUAUCUGGACUAUGAGGCCGGGCGUCUGUCCUUCUAUCAGCUGUGUGACCCCAUCAGACACUUACACACCUUCACCGCCUCCUUCUCCGAGCCGCUCUAUGCCGCUUUCUAUCUGUAUGAAAAUUCCAGUAUUAGCAUCAUGAAAUAAUUACAAGAAAAUAGUGACUGUGAGGCUUUAAAGUGAAUCUUCCAUCAGCCUUUAAUGUUUAGGUCCAAAAUUAUGUGCUGGAAAUUUCUGCAUUUUAUCUUUAGAGCUGUUGGAACUGUUGUUUUUCUGUUACUGAACUCCAAAAUCCCCUGAUUAGACAUGGAUUUGAAGGGAUUAUCCAGCUUUUUUUCCCCCCUCCCAGCCUGCUGUACCUGUGGAGCAAUCCGUAUUCACCCGAUCUUCCGGUUCUUGUCCUUUAAACUUUCAGACAGACAGGGCCACGUGCGCCGAUGCAGCCAAUGUCUUCUCUGAGUGGUCAUGUGUCCUCAAGUGGCAUGUGAUCAGGCAGUGACGAACCACUUGGGGACGUGUCACCGCUGAGGCCUGGAAAUGGCUGCAGCUCUGCACAUGACCCUGAUCUGUUGAAAAGUUUGCAGGACAGGGACCAGAAGACCACCGAAGAGAGCUAAGGAGCUGGAAUGAAACGGUGGGGAGCAGGCGAGCGUGGAUGUUUUCCACAGGUAAAGCGGCCUAGAGUGGAAAUUUAAACAAGUAAAAAAAAAAAGCAGGACAACCCCUUUAAGAGAAAAGAUGCUGAUCACCUGCAGCCACCAUUAGGGGAAGCUCAUAAUUGAGUGCAAUAUAUAUUCAGUAUGCAUGUGUCUAUUCACAUCCAUGGGUCAUCGGAGACUACUCCAAGAGUUAAUGACCUGGUGGUAA